AUAACAUGUCUAUUUUCCAAUGUCAACAGUCAGUAUCCAAAGACGACCAGGCAACUGAACUCCACAACCACUUUUCUUGUUCCCAAGUUUCACGUAUCUGAUACCUUUUUGUUGAUUCAUUUCCGGACACGGAAACAAGUUUAUAAAAAGGAAAAAGGGGCCAAAGUAAAAGAAAUUAAAAUAAUUAAGAUGGCAUGUUAUCUUCCUUUCAACAACAGAAACUUGGAUAUAAGCUUUUUUGUAUUCAGGCCAACGGUAGUAGUGGUGGAAGAGCUUGUUGAGGCACUCAAACAUUUCUGUAUCUGCACUCAAACUCUUGGCUGUCUCCAAACUUCCAUUUUCAGGAGCAUCCAUGGAAAUAUGAUCAUAUGGUAUGGAGCGUGGACAAAGAGAUCGAGAGAAAACAAAGAAAUCUUAACUUCAGCAAUUCUAUCAAUGUUAACAAAUUUAUCAAGCAUGGCUAUCUUGAUUGAACAUAGCUUCUUUGAUACAUAUGCUGGAGACUCAAGAGAAGGAUCCUCUGCUGCAAAAUUCUGUACGGGUGACAUAAUAUUCAUGAACAUAACUUCGCCGAGUACCGGAGACAUAAACGACCUCUCCUAUGCAAACUUAGCAUUAUUCAGAGACAGAUUCCUGAAGAUGGAAGGAGCAAUCUCAGGAGUUUGCUUGAAAUGCCAAACCAUUCCAAGAGUGUCAAGUCUUAUUGUUUGGAAGUCUCUGCAGUAUUGUUAUACAUGGAUACUUAAUUCAGACUACAGAAAAACAAUACUGCCAUAUCUUGAUCGCUUUAAACUUGAAAUUAGGUAUGAUAUUUUCAGGGUAGUUUAUGCCUGCAAUGACCAUGUACCGAACUCUAUUCACUUGGUGCCAAAUGGAGAAGAAGAGAAAAUGAAUAUGUAAAUCUAUGGUGCCAAAUGGAGAAGAAGAGCAAAUGAAUAUGUAAAUCUAUACUCAUCAGAGAAACACAACCAAUUUUGCUUACAUUUUUGUUUAUUUAUUCUGUAAAUAAUUUUGUUAUUACUACGUUGAAGAAUGGAACUUUUUUUUCAUGUU